CUCUGAAGCCGUUACAUGACAUUUCAAGACUAUGGUUCUUUGCCGUAGAUCGGAGAACAUUGGCGCUACGAUUCUACUGAAUCAAUCUCCAGUCGACACUGACCUGAUCGAUGCGCGAUUUCUAGGUGGAAGUGAAGUAGACCAAGUCUGCACUACCAAGCUUGGCUCGAACCUGUAUCGCCAUAUUGUUUGCUAUCUGUUCCUGACAUUCCCCCACCAUCCACUCACAAUCUGUCAGCAGUAUGCAGCGUGACAACAUGUGGGAUUCUCCGAUACACAUACAGCUCACUGAUGAAUCGUCCACUAACACCCAGCCCAGCACCAUCCGCAACCAGCAGACCUCGCCUCUUCUGCGCCUCCCCGCAGAGCUGCGCAACAAGAUCUUCACCUUCAUCAUCGGCGGUCACUCCAUAUCCGUCUUUGGCGAAGAUGACGGAAUCGCGAGGUCCAGCAACUCUGGACUCACAUAUCGUGCGCGGACGUACAAAUCUCGCAAACCUCGCAAACACGCCACUCCUACAACACCCAUCGUGUCCAACCUGCACCUCGCCUGCCGCCAGAUCUACCACGAGACUUCGACCCUCUUCUUCACGCUCAACGAGUUCUGCGCCUCGCCACAAACCAUGGUCAAGUUCCUGAAGCACCGCAAUACCCAGGCGGACCUGAUCACGCGGAUCCGCAUCGAUCCGUAUGAUCCAGUCGCCACUCCCGGUCAUCACGCUCCGUAUCUCUCGAAUGGUAUGAGGCGGGUGUUGCGCGUCGCUCGCUCGCUCAAGAGCCUAGGCACCAUCGUUAUCACGGAGGCUAGGAUGGCCGAAACUGUCUCAUACGGGGUCAUGCUGUGCCUGGUGGCGGAGGUGCUGGACAAGGGCACGAGAGCGGGCGAGAUCAGACUGGAAGUUUGGGCCGUGGCACAUGCGGCAAGCGUGGGAGAACGAUAUGCAAGGGGACCAAGCCGCCAGCUUCCCCAAAGUGGAGGAGAAUUUCGCUCGUCGCGUACCGACCAUGCGAUUUGGCUGUCGCGUGCGAUGAUAUUGAAGUGAAAGCUCCGGUGCUCAGCUUCAACCCCGAGAAUGCAACAUGUCCACCACAAUGUACCUAACUCCAUGGCAGUCGCGUGACCACCUGGAAUCAGUUUAACUUCAAGUGCUGCCAAUGACAAAUCCCGAAUACGCCGUCUUGAGUGUGAAUGGUGAGAAAGUCGUACAAGGUUGUAGAAUGUUUG